AAUUUGCAUAAAUUCGCCAUUUUGUUUAGAUUUCUGUUUUCUUCGAGAUGAAUUUAAAAUAGAUCGAUUUUUCGUCGACAGUAAACACUAGAAGUAAAAUAUAAUUGAAAUAAUUAACAUCGUUCAGGUAUUUUGAAAUACAGAUAUUCAAUUAGAAUUUGCAUUUCAAUUCUCUUGGAUUUCUUUGAUUAAAGUUUACCAAACAUAGCCAGUAUAUCAUAUCCGGAAACAAAAUAUUGUAUUUUGGCCUGGUUUAAAUUUCAAUAAAGUAUCAGUCAAAUUUAUUUAGCAGAAAUAGAAAUAACAGAUUAAUUCCACUAUAUAACCUCGCAAUAUACGUAAUUAUACGAUCAAUUCACUUAAUAUUUUUUAACACAAAUUUUGUCCUUUCAGUUUCUGACGUCUAAAAAGAAAAUGUAACAGAAAAUGAUAGAGAGUAAGGUUUUGAAGUUGGCAAACAAUAAUAAAACUGUACAGCCGUCUAGAUUAGUAAACUAUAAUAUGACACCGGUUAAUGGUAUUAAAUUCAAUCAUGUGACAUAUCCUCGGUCACUAUCUAAUUCACCAGACUUACCAACAUCAAGUCAAUCAGAGAAAGCACCAACUGCUGUCAUCGGUUGGACUUGUGUUAAUGGUCAAGCGGUUCAGAAACCAAACGUUCCAACAAAGAAAACAUCUAUAUAUCCAUCUUAUCCAAAAUCGAAAAUAGAAUUUCAAGAAACACCAAACAUUCAGGUUAAUAAUUCAGUUCAAAGGAAAACAAACGAGAAAUGUCGAUUAUAUCCGGAACUAUGCGAAAAAUUAAAGAAAAAGGGUUCCACUGAAACUAUUAGGACUAAUUCAUUUAAAACGAUUGGAAGCUACAAUAAAAUGAAAUAUUCAAAGAUUUUAAAAACGAGAUUGAAAACAAAAAGUCUAGCUGCAUUAUGUGAAGAUUUAGUAGAAGAGGAAGAGGAAGAUAGAGUAUUGCUACCGUCUAUUAGUUUAGUUUCUACUUCUGACGAAGAUGAAAAAUCAAUUAAAUUCUCAAAGUUUGAUCAGAAUCAUCAGAAUAUAUUUUAUCCGAGCCAACUAUCCGAUGAUGAAGACGACAAUGCUGACUCAGGGAUUGAUCAACUGUUAUACCAUAGACGAGCAAAUCGAAUUCUGUCACAAACUGCUUCCUUACGCCGGCAAGUGUUUGAACAAUAUCGUUCAAUAAAACAAAAUGUCAAAUUAGAAGGACGCUUGAAAAAGCGUCUAAAAUGCUUAACAACCGCUGCAAAGACUAGUGCUAAUACUACAUCAGAUAUUCUACGACUUUUUGAUAUACCCGUUCAUAGAACGGUAGAAGCAAAACGUAGGAAACGAACUUCUAUUGGGGGAAAGGAGCCGUGUGCCUUUCAGAAAACGGCAAAAUGUACUAAAGAUGCUCUACCGUUUACUAAGCAUUGUUUAGAGCAUAUAACAUACAACGUAAAUCAACAAUUAUUCAAUUUUUGCACAGCAAAAUGUGCUAAUCAAACUCCUUGUAGAGCGCCAGUAUUUGACAUAGUCAAUAAUAUGGCGUUGUGCCCAAAGCACUCAUCCAACUCAUCUCAACAAACCAGCAACCCAUUCAAAAAGAUACGUCGUAAAACGAAACCGUCCGCUUUAACUCGUCCUCAAAGAAAAAAGAAAAAGAAGACUACAACUCAGAAAUCUGAUAGAACUGUGACUAAUACGAUAAAUUCUCAAUCUAAACACAACAAUAAUAGCAUACCGUCUAAUGCUCAUGUGGUAGAAGAAAAUACUAAGGAGAAGGAUGCUGUAAUUUUUACAGAUAUCGACGAGGCUAUUCAACAAGCAACAGCUCUUCUAGAAGAACAAGAUUUUAAUUUUGUAUUAAAUGGAUUAAAAGACGACGAUGGAUUCGCAGAUUUUCAAGAUAUUGAAAAAUCUUUUAGUGAAAACGAAUUAAAGAAAUUAUCUUUAAAUUUUACCCCUAAUGAAUCUAAUGAUUAAAAGUAAACUAUAAGAACAUGCAGCUUUUUCAACAUUUCAAGUCGGUGCUUCUUAAUUAAUACUUCAUGAAACAAAACAUCAUUAUUGAUCCUCUUUUUUUGCUAGAUUUAAUAAAAUAUAUGUAUAUUUAUACGUAUAUCAAGGUAUAUUUAUAUAUAUACUAUAUAUAUAUAGAUAUAUAUAUAAAUAUAUUUAAACUCUUUCUCUC